CCCCGGACCUGGAGGUGUCCUUGAACAUUUCUGUGGCCCCCCAGGUGGCGGAGGAGCCCUCAGAGUUGCUGUGUCUGAUGAGUGGGGGCCCCCACCUGUCUGUGUCCUGGUAUUUCACUCCAUCCCAUGGGAUCAGCUCUCCGAUCCUGGUGGGGGCCCUGGAUCAGGAGGGAAGCUUGCGGGCUGGGGCCACCUACCAGCAGCGGGUGGAGAAGGGGGAGCUGAUCCUUUCCCGCCGGGGGCCCCAGACCUUUGUGCUGCGUAUACAGUGGACAUCAGAGGAGGACAAGGGAGGCUACCACUGCACGGGCACCAGCUGGAGGCAACUACGCAACAACAGCUGGAGCCCCACCGCCGAGAAGAUGUCUGCACCCGCCACACUCUCCUGGGUGUCCGAAGGCUCUUCCAUCAUGGUGGACGCGCGGCUGUUAAAGAUGGUGUCCGUGGCUGGAGGAACGUUUGAGAUGAUCUGCACGGUGCAGCCGCAGAACCUUCCGUCCCCUCAGUAUUCUGUUCAGGUGACACUGAGACCCCCCCAGGAGAAUGCAGCCCCCAUCUCUGUGAUCACGCUGAGCCGCGACGGGGUGAUACGGCGGAGGCCGAGCGCGGUCAGCAGCACCAUGCUGGAGAAGGGUAAAGAGGGCGCCUACCUGUUCAGACUGUACCAGGCGCAGAGCCAGGACGUUGGCGCCUACCAGUGUGAGAUUGCGGCAUGGACGCAGGGAGGAGGCGGGGCCUGGAGGAUGGCGCUGAACAAGACCAGCAACUCUGUGCGCCUCGAGUUCCAGACUUCAGGUCCAGUGUUUAAUGUCACUGCACGAUCGGACAGCCUGAGCGUGUAUCGCGGUGACCGAUCGGAGUUCUGGUGUAUCAUCACCAUAGAUGGUCCGGCUGUGGAUCCAGAUGACAUGGCAUUCGAGGUGUCUUGGUUUGUGCAGAGAGCGGGCGGUUCCUCCGCUUUCCUGGCAGCUGUGGAUCGCAACGCUCAGGUCCGACACAACCAGAGAAACAGCAGCAGCGAGGUGUCCCUGGAACGGGUCAGCGACAUGGAGUACAGGCUGCGAGUGUACGGCUGCGAGGACGAGGACGCCGGCGGCCAUUACUGCACUGUGACCCCAUGGGUGCGGAGCGGAGAGGGUGGAUGGAGCAGACAGGAGACAAUCACCUCCACCAUGAUGUCACUAAAUGUCAAGAUGGACUUGCUGAGCGCCUUCAGAUACCCACUGCUGAUUGGAGUCGGCCUGUCGCUGCUCGCGGGGCUCUUGUCCUGCCUCAUUGGAUAUUGCAGUUCACGGUUUUGCUGUAAGGCGCAGCCGGUCCCGGAGAAGCGCAGAGAACAUCGGCGGCUCAUGUCCAUGGAGAUGGACUGACGUGGGGGAGACGGCGGACUCUUAUCGGGGGGUUUCAGCAGGACUGAUGGGUGACUCUUCUGGAGGACGAUUAAACCACUGAGGACCGAGCGACUCCUCCCCCUCUGCACUGACCUCACCUGGGAUAAGAACUAUAACUGCAGUACAGCGGGGGACAGCCAGAUGGCGCUCAUCCUGCUCCAAAAAGCAAUAAGUUCCAAAGUUCCCAUCCCGUGUGAUGACCCCCCCCCCCCCGCACUGCUGAAUGGAUUCGCCCCAUAUGUAUAAUGUGAGCCGCAGACUGUUGACCGAACCAAUGCAAUACAGGGGAGUUCUGCAACUUCUAGGACCCGUAACUGCAGAUGGGGUUGUUAUUCCCGGCCGUGUGACUUGGCAGUUCCAUAAAUGCGCCUCACACGCACACUGUGACCUGGCUCCUCCCCCUAGGACACGCCUCUGACAUAAGCACACGCCUCUGCAGGGCCUCUCCAUAGUGUGAUUGUUUUUAGAAAUGCAGUUUUACUUUAUUUUUAUAUGUUCCUUUUUCUUCCAAAAGACUGCGUCCUGAGGCCCCUGCCAUAAUUCCGGGCCCCAGGUUAACCCUUUGUCUUCUAUGGCAGACGAUUUAAUUGCACUCCUGAGCAGCGGAGGAGGGAAGCGCCAAAUUGUGGGUGUGUUCUGUUCUCACUCCGUCCAAGCAAUA